GUUGGGAGGCAGAGGAAGUAGGAAGUGUGCAGGGAGGGGCGUGGCAUGGGAUGGCAUUCAGUCUGAGAACACACCAUGGAGUGCUGGGUGAGCCCUAGAGUGUAACUGCUGUUGGUGCUGCUCUGAGCUGGCCUCUCACUGGUUGCCGUAUAACCUGUAACCAUAGUUAUAGCGGUGGAUAUAUGCAGACAAUAGGACAGCCCCUUCUAACAGAGGUUUAGAGUGGUGAAACUGAGGCGUAACCCCAGCUCCCAAUUCCAUUUUGCUAUGGAUGUUCCAGAUUCUUCUGCCGAACACCAAGGCUCUGACAAUGAUUCUGACACAGAAGACAGAGUGGAUCCAGAUGUUCAGGCUCAGGAGUAUUUUGAGCGUGUUCUUGGUUCUUUAAGUCUGUCUUGUCAGACAUCCCAGCACCUACCCCUUGAGUCUCUCUCAGUAUGUAGUAAUACCCGAACAUCAGAUUACAGAUUGUCUCCUCUAGAGCUAAAAAAGUCUCCAGUUGCUGAUGAGACUGCUUCACAGCUGCUAUCUCUUCCUCUGGAACUGAUACUGGAGAUCUGUUCCUACCUGCAGGCUAGGUUUGUCCUGGGUGUCCUUCCUUUGGUCUGCCGGACACUGAGGGACAUUGUGCAGGAUGAAGUCACUUGGAGAAUUCGUCUGCAGAACAGAAUUGGUAGCUGCUACCCUGUUGUGGAAGAUGAUGGGUUUAACUGGCCAGCCGCCUGCAUUGAGUUAGAGGAACAUCUCCAUCAAUGGGCAGAGAAUGGCAAGAAUACGGAAUACUUUUCCCUUGCUUACGGGCACUUUGCCUCCAUUGAUUCUGUGCUGCUCCUUCAGGGUGGGGAGCUCUGUGUCUCAGGUUCUCGAGAUCGAAAUGUCAACUUGUGGGACUUGAGGCAGCUGGGCAAAGCACCAGAAAAUGUGCUGGUGAAAGCACUGGGGACAGAGCGCUAUGGCACACACAAGGGAUGGGUGUGGUCAUUGGCUGCAAGAGAUGAACGGGUGUGUUCAGGCUCCUGGGACAGCACUGUGAAGCUGUGGGACAUAGCUGCGGACGGGCAGCAGUUUGGAGAAAUCAAAGGGAAAGCAGCUGUGUUGUGCCUUUCUUACUUGCCUGACAUCCUGGUCACAGGAACCUAUGACAAGAAGGUGACAGUUUAUGACCCACGAGCUGCUCAAGCCCUAGUGAAGAGCCGCAAGCUUCAUUCCAGUGCUGUCCUAUCCCUUGCAGCUGAUGAGCAUUUCAUCAUCUCCGGCAGUGAAGAUCGAACGCUGGUGUGUUUUGACAGGCGGACCAACAGUGUCCUCCAGAGGCUACAGCUUGACUCCUACCUUCUCUCCAUGUCAUACAAGGGUGCUCAACUGUGGGCUGGAGAUAACCUCGGGCUGCUGUAUGUCUUUGAGAACAGAGGAGGGCGCUUCCAGAAUAUCCGGUACUUUGAUGUGGGUCACCGCUCUCAGAUGACCGGAGUCCAACACUCGCUGGGUGCACUGUACACCACUUCUACUGACAAGACGUUGCGUAUCCAUGUUCCCACAGAUCCACCCAAAGUCAUCUGUUCACAGACACAUAGUUGCGUGCUGAAUGGGAUCAGCGUUGAAGGGAACAUGGCUGUGGCUGCUUCCGGUGGUUUCUCAUUGGAGGUCUGGAGACUCAGUGUGUGACGAUGAGCCAAUUGGGGAUCCACCCUUGCAUCUACAGGACUGCCAAGUCCCAUGUCUCAGGCAGCCUCCCCGCAGGGACCAGAGUCCCAAUGCCUGUUGAGUUGUUGGUUUUGUUAAUAUGCUCUUUGGAUCGCUGGGGUUGAAGCCUGAGCUUGUCUUAGGAUGCUAUAAUGGAGAGGCUUGCACAGAGAUGAGUGCACCGCUACGCAUCCAAGCCCCCCUCCCUACCAGCUGCCCACUUUCCUAUCUCCCUAGCGUCUGUGCAUGCAUACACUCAUGCACACUCUUCAUUCCCUGGGCAUGAGCCAUCCUUUCCAAGCCUACCACACCUAGGAGCAGCUACUGUUGAAUCAUGUGGGGAGUGAGAAGAACUAGCUGACCUUUCAGAUGAGUAGGUGUGGAAAUGCAGUGCAAGCACAACAGUAGGCUUGGGGAGUGUCAACUUGAGGAAGAGGAAUUGUGGGCACAGUGAAGGCUGGAGGUUGCAAUAUGGUUAACAGAAUCCUCUAGUUACUCAGUUCUGCUCUAUGUUUACAUUUAAUUAAACGUGUUCUGCUACAGUG